UUGUUUGAAGGGCAAAAAGAACUUGCUACAGAGGAAACAAACGAAACUGAAGUUAGGUUUGAAGGAAUUGCCAAACCAGGGUCACUAUGCUACUGUACCGUGACAGCAAUUGGAGAUAAAAAAAACAAUUGGUAGAAUGUCAAAAUCGAAACACUAUCGGAUAAUGUGGUCAAAGCCAAGCUACUUCACAAUUACACCAGAUGUAAAUAAUCUAUCUCAAUGUGCUAAUAUGAGGUGGGAAAAUCCAUAUGGUGUGAACUGUUUUAAACUUCAAAUUGAAAACAACCAAACUGGUGUUUCUUCUGAGAUAUUACUUGAAAAUGACAACUAUGCCUAUCGAAGUGGCAUACCUGGAAACAGAUACACUGUUAGAUUGUACUGUGGCUGUGACUCACGCUAUGACUUGGACUUCAGUCUGGAGACAAUGAUUAUGAAACCGGAAGCACCUACUGAUAUUGUGAUUACUCCAAAUGGUGAUAUCCAUGGCUUCAUAGUAGAAUUCAAAGACAAAACUUCACAACGAAAAAAAUAUGAGGUUACAGCAGAACCACUAUCGAAAACAUUGAAAAUGAAAAGCAUUGAAACAUACCAACACAAAGCAGUGUUACGAGAUUUAAUUGAUGGAGAAUCUUAUUCUAUAAAUGUCACGGCUAUUGUGGAUAAUACAAAGAGUGAGGCAGCAAUGAACGAAGGAUACGUGAAAACAUUGCCAAAAAAAAUCCAAAACUUGGAAUCAGAUUUUGAUGAAACACUCGUAGCUGUUAUCUUCAAGUGGGAUGCUCUCAAAAUUGAGCCAGACGAAUACAAAGUGCAGUGGAGAGUGGGAAAUGAUACAAUAACAGAAGAUUCUACGCAUGAGCCAAAAUUUGAAAUUCGGUUUGUGAAACCUGCUCAUUGUUACAGUAUUCGAGUCGCUGCUACAAAUGAGUCUGGUUGUGGGAAGUUAAGCCAGUGGGAAACAUUCAUAACAGUCCCGGGCACAGUUUGCAACCUCAAGUCAAGGUUCGACGGUGAGAAAAAUAUUGUUGUUGAAUGGGAUCCACUCGACAUCGAACCGGAUGGAUAUAAAUUUCAAUGGAGGAUCGGGGAUGAAAAAAUCACAGAAGAAAUAACUAGCACUUAUAGAUUUACAAUCGAUUGUCCAACACCAGGCCAGAAAUACAGUGCAAGAGUUGCAGCUUUUAAUAAAACAGGAUGUGGAAAAAUGAGUGAUUGGGGAAGUAUUGGCACAGAGGGUAAUUCUACAAACAAACAGUCUCAGAGAAAUACAAUGUCCUGUGAUAAACAAGAUCCUGUGUCUUUUCGGUCUGAUCCUGAUACUGGUGAUGACUCAAAGGAUAUGAUUAAGCUUGAAAAUGGAAAGAUAUAUUUUAAUCGUUAUGACCAAAUCCGAGAAGAGUCAAAAGUAUUUAGAGCUCGUCGAGUGGCUGCUAUGGAAGAAGAUGAAAGAGUUGUAGUCAAAAUAGUAAAAAAAUCUCAAAUACUGGAUGACAUAGCGAUGUAUGAGAGGGAAGUGGACCACAUGAGACUUGCAAGCAGACACCCAAAUGUUGUUAAAUAUUACGGAUCAGGAAAUAUUUCCUAUGAACGUAAAGAAUGUAUCUACAUAGUUAUGGAAGAGUGUGAAUCUGAGACUGUUUUCGAAAAAAUGAAAAAUAAAGUCAGUUAUGCAAAACGAAAGUUUGAUGUAAAGGGAAUGGCAGCAGGGUUGAGUCAUAUACAUGGACACCGCAUUCUACAUCGUGACCUUAAGCCACAAAAUGUCUUGUACAAAGAUGGCAUAGUUGUGAUAUCUGAUUUUGGGCUUAGCAAACGUCUUGCUCCUGGUAAAACGAACACACAUAAAAGCAGGUCUGAUGCGGGUACUGAUGGCUGGAGAGCUCCAGAAACAUCUGGCUGUAAAGGAGUUACGUCAAUUUAUGCUGAUGUUUUUUCAGCAGGUUUAGUUAUGUAUUACAUACUCACGAAUGGACAGCAUCCUUAUGGCAAAAAGCCUCAUUGUUGGCAAACAUACAUUGAAGAUGACACUGGAAUGUCGUUACAAACACUUUAUGAAACCCCAGACAGCAACAUUGCCAUUGAUUUGAUUACAAGUAUGCUACAAAUAGAUCCUAAAACUCGCCCUACAAUGAUCGAAGUUCUUGGACAUCCUUUCUUCUGGUCUGAUCAGCGUAGACUAGAGUUCUAUGGAGAUGUCAUGAAAGGAAUGGAACUUUUGAAAAAAAUAAAUGAAAGGAAAAAUUGUGACGGCAAGAAUGGAAAUGAUGCCCCCCAUUUAUUUUUAGAUGACGUUCAAUCAGAUGACAUGUAUGCAGAUAAAGUGAAAUCAGACUUAAAGAAAUGGGAGGAAAAAGACAUAUCGUUCACUGGCGAUGAACUGAACGAAAUCCAAAGCAGAUACACAGAAAAAAAGGUACCCGUUGUAGUUGAAAAGGAUGCUAUGAAGAGAAAAGCAAAACGGUUCGGAAAUACUGUGACUGAACUUCUCAGAUUUAUUCGUAAUAGACAUACCCAUGAUCACGAAGACAAAGGAGAAGGCUCAUUUGACAUGACAAUCGAGGAAUUCUGGAAAUUCUUUUUUGACAGAUUUCCAUUCUUUUUUCUCUACGUUUACUAUAAAGCAAAGAAGUAUUUUGAAAACAAGUCGAAAGAGGAUGAAUAUUAUUCUGAUACAAUGGCGAGGUACUUUGUAAAAUCCUCUGAUACAGAUUUCGAGGGGUUGUGCUAACUACGAUUGCAACAUUAUUAAACUUAAUAUUAAACAUAAUAUUCAAUAGGAUUCAGGACUGUUAGUCCCAAACCGAUAGUAAUUCUAUUGAGCUUGUUGGAUUUCAAUCUUCUCAACACUCUUAUUUUGAAUUACAACUAUACAUAUACAAGUACAACUAUAGUUUUUCAUUCAUGAUAACUUUAAGUUUGAUAAUUUUUUUUUGGCAUUGCUAAAAUUGUCUUUAGUCUAAUUACUAUGGUAAUAAUUACGGUAAUGAGUUUAGUAUGAAACUAUUACCAAACUAUGACAUGUUGUAACAAAUACGAUUUAAUGGCUGUGAUUAUGCCAUCUAUAGAUUUUUCUUUGAUAAUCUUCAGAAAUUUUGAAAUCAUUUUAAUGAAAAUAAUAAUAUGCCUUUAAUAAAAAUUUUACCAAUGUGAAGAAAUGAACAGUCCUAUCUUUUUUACUGAUUUAUGACCAUUGGCUUCUGAAUCUGUGACUGAUUGUCCUAAUUUUCACAUAUAUACAUUGUGUACUUCAUGAACUACAAUAAAUGGGUGGCUGUACUUUCACAUUUUCACUUUGAUUGGUUAUUUUUUACUUUGUAUAACAAUUUUUUAGUUAUGAUUUGGCUAAGCCAACUUGUUUAUUCAUCCACAAUCUUCUUGUUUCUCAAUGAAAGUGCUGUUUUGCAAAAUGCUGUAAUGUUGAUAAAUCAUUUGCUACAUGAAAGUAGCCAUCAUAAUGCCACCUACCAGUUUAUAGAAAUAAAGAUUUUUAUGAAAAGCAAAUACACAAUAUUAACAAUCCAACUAAAUUGAAGUGGUUUUACGGUUGCUAACUUUAAGUCUGUGACUUUAACAAUUUUGUCUGUUUGUCAUUUUCUCUAUGCUUAUAAGUGAGCAUUUACUUUUUUGUACACAUGCUACGUUCUUAUAAAUAACUUAAAGUGAAUCUUAAUAUUCCUCAGUUCCACUGCUUUUCAUUUUUAACGUUCAAUACAAUUUUCUUUAUACUAUGAGAUAGUAUUUCUACCAACAUUCUGAGCUUUUAUAAAGCUGUUAUGCAUUUUUUAUCUUUAUAGAGCUUUUUUAUCUAAACAUAUGCUUCAAUAAUGCUUACGCUGUAAUUUAAAUGCAUUUUUUAGGACGUCAUGUUGUAUUACUUCUUCCAUUCAUUACGUUAAUUUCUAUUCAUUUUUUCAUGUAUCGUUCAUUCUCACAUUUCAUCUAACCUGGAACUUAUGCGAAUGUGCUUGUUUAAAUUUAUAACUUUUUUUAUUACUUGAACCUGGUUCUUUGUAUGUUGAUAUUUCUAUGGUGCAAGAGAAUCUUAGAUGUGUAGCUUGAAUGUUACCAUGAAUCAGACUUUCGAGGCUGCCCCAAGCAUUUGCCUGAAGUUUAUAACCCGAGCACUAUGUUCCAAAUCAGUUUCUUUGAUUAGUGU